UAAAGUAAAAAUAAUAAUAAUAACCAUAACCAACAAUGUUGCGGGGAAAUUGUCAAGGUGCAGUUUGUAGGUGAUGCAAAACCACGAAAAAUUAUGGGGGGCAUUUUUAAGGUUUGUUUUUUCCUUUCUUUCCCCUUUUUCAGCGGAACAGACCGCACGGAUCGGUGAACUCACUACAGAGCUGGGAGAACGCGAUACCAAAAUCGAUGAACUGUCUGCAGAAAUCGAAAAACGCGAUAGAAGAAUUGAUGAACUCACUGCAGAGCUUGAGGAAUACAAAGCAAAAAUGCGAAAAUGCAUUGAAGAGCACAGGAAAGAGGAAGAAAAAAUGGCAAACGUGACGCUGGACCCAGAGACAGCCCACCCCCGCCUCAUCCUCUCCAAGGAUCAGAAGAGUGUGAGAUGGGAAUACAUGCUGCAGGAGUCUCCUGACAGCCCCGAGCGGUUUGAUGCCGAUCCUUGCGUGCUGGGUUGCGAAGCCUUCACCUCCGGGAGACACUACUGGGUGGUGGAUCUGGCAGAGGGACAGUACUGCGCCGUUGGGGUCAGCAAAGAGUCUCUGCAGAGGAAGGGACCCAUCAACUUUAAUCCCGAGGAAGGGAUCUGGGCAGUGCAGCAAUGGGGAUUUAAGAACCGCGCCCUCACCUCCCCUCCAACCCUCCUUAACCUGCCGCGGGUCCCCAGAAAGAUCCGCAUCUCUCUAGACUACGAAUGGGGAGAGGUGGCGUUUUUUGACGUCGAGAACAAAAUACCGAUCUUCACUUUUCCUCCGGCUUCCUUCGCUGGGGAGCGGAUCCGGCCGUGGUUCUGGGUGGAGUUGGGCUCGCUCUCUCUGGUCCGAUGACCCUUGCGUUCCUCCUUGUGCAGAGAGCUCAGCGCCGGCGGUGAGCGGGUGGCCUGAGGGGCAGGAGGAGUGGUGGAAGCACCUUACUCCAUCCAGACACCGACAGCUAGGUGGUUAAGAGCAGCAGGAUAGAGACCAGGAUAGAAAUGCUCUUGGGAAGAGCAGCGUCAAACCUCAGUUUCCCCCAUUCCCAGUCGAGUGCUCCAACUGUCAUCGUGCAAAGGAAAGGCAGCCCAUCCUGCAUGUCCUCAACAUAAGGUGGCAGAAGGUCUGGCCAGCCUCAGCCCUUGGCCCAAUGUCUCAUAGUUGUAGUUCCAGCACACAGGAACACCAAGUGACCCGCAGAGAGAUGUAGGCUCCUCCUUCAGUUGAUGGAAAGAGGUGGGCAGCAGGGUAAGUCACUGUUCACACUGCCUGCAUCACCCGAGUGGGAGUCCGGGCUCCCACCAGCAUUUUCUUCUCGUUGGUUGGUGGUUGACGUGUAGAUUUCAACCGUUUGAGCCGCUUUUAUAGUAGGCAGAGGGAAAUAAGCACUUCUGGUGGGCAACUCAUCUCAUCUAGACAUAGACAUCGAAACAGGACAGGCAAAUCGUGCUUUCCGUGUGCUUAUCUCUCUUGGUCAACUGUUGAAGGACUCUCUUCAUCAACUGUUGAAGACGUCUACACUUGGAAGAGAUUAAACAACUCGCCUUUGCCCAACCUGCAUACAAAUUCAGGCUCUUGGCCCUUGGCCAGAGAAAGGACGUGGCAAACCCUCCGCGCUCAUCCUCAGAGCUCCAAGGCACCUGGUCAAGGCUGUCAGCUUCAUGCACCAACACCUCCACGGGUUUCUUCCCCAAAUGCUCCGGCCACUGUGCUGCUGGUCAAGGCAUUGCUGCUGUAAUCCUUUAUACCAGAGCUGGACGCAGCCAUGUCCUCCGGCAGGACUAAAUUUGACUCUAAACCUGGCCUGGGCAGAUGAUCUUAUUCCAGCUGGGUUAGCCAGAGCCCGUGAGUUUAGCUCAGCCUUUGGGAGAAGAGAGAAGCUGGGAUUCAAGACCAAGCUGGCAUGAUGCCCUCAGGUGAAAAUCGGGGUGCCAAACAUCCAGACCACAUGGAUGAACGCUUUGAAGAGGCUCAGCCAGCAUGGAGCUCUGCAUCGUGUUGCCAUAAAGCUUCCAGUAAGGUACUGGGAGCUCUAAAAAUAGAUUCAUGGAGGGGGUCAAGCCAGUGCUUGAGAUCAGCAUGGGGCCAGCCGUCCGUGAAGGCAGGCGAUUAGGGACGCCACCGAAGCUGCUAGAGGGGAUGGACACCAUGGUCUUCACCUUUCACGACAUCUCACUGCACUUUGGUAGCACUGAUGAAUUCCUCGUUAAUCCCUGCUUGUUCUUAGCCACCUGUAAAGCCAUAAAUCUUGUCUCUUGUCCCACCAUGGGAUGGCCAACUGGUAGUUCCCGUCUGACAAUAAACCACUUGAGACUCUCCAGAGCAUUUGGUUUCUUUUCCCAGCCAGUUCGACGUAGAGCCCCCCUGGCCCUCUCAGGUGAUGCCUGCAGCCCCUACGCUCUCCCCUC